GGAGGAGAACGACUCGCUGCUGCGUCGAAGUAUUAUGUAUUUGCCUUAUUCUGUGUCACGCUUGUCUCACCAUACCUUGUGCUCCUGACGGCGAUUCAACCUCAACUUCACUACCUGGUUCAAAGAUGAUCUAUCUUCCGCAUCACUAAAAGCGCGAUUUGUUCACGGAUCGUCACAGUCUCAGGCACCAUGGCGCCGUCAACCUUGCCGGAGGGCGUUCAUUCGUUCCUAGAUACUGACCUGUACAAGCUGACAAUGCAGUGCGCAAUUCUCCAUUACUUCCCUACUGUCGAUGUCGAAUACAAAUUCACGAACCGAACUCGUCACAUGCGACUCAACAAACGCGCAUUUACAUGGCUAGAAGAGCAGAUCGCAAGCUUAGCUACCAUCCGACUGUCACAGCAAGAGUUGGAGUUUCUAAGAAAACACUGUCCUUACUUGAGUUCAGAGUACCUGGAAUUUUUACAAACCUUCCAGCUGCGACCCUCGGAACAUGUUUCUGUAAAGUUCGACCUGGUGGACGACACUCAUGGAGACGUCGAUAUCACCAUUUCGGGGCUCUGGGUUGAGACAAUUCUCUACGAGAUCCCUUUACUUGCCCUCACCAGCGAAGCCUACUUCAAAUUCGUGGACACUGACUGGAGCCACGAGGGACAAGAGGCGAAAGCGUACGAGAAGGGCAUACAGUUAUUGGAGUCCGGCUGUCUCUUCUCGGAGUUUGGUACUCGAAGACGAAGGGACUUUCAUACCCAAGACCUCGUAGUCAAAGGUUUGGUGCGGGCGUCCAAGGAAAAGUCUUGGCCGGGUAAAUUGACAGGCACAAGCAAUGUCUACUUUGCCAUGAAACACAGUAUUGCCCCAGUUGGAACUGUAGCACAUGAAUGGUACAUGGGAAUAGCUGCGCUCACGAACGACUAUGAAAAUGCCAAUGAGCAAGGACUUCGCUACUGGCUCGACUGCUUCGGAAAGGGUGUGCUUGGGAUUGCCUUGACAGAUACAUUUGGUACAGCCGAUUUCUUCGAAGCAUUCAAAAAGCGCAUACCUGAAAAAACAUCCGCUUCAAGAGGUGCCGGCCUCGAUCAAUCAAUUGGGGGCACUGCGUCCUCGGGACAACCCACCUACGCAGACGUUUUCACCGGCAUUAGACAGGAUUCUGGAGAUCCAAGAGAAUACGUCAAGCUCGCCAGUGACUUUUACAAGUCUAUGGGAAUCAGCGGCAAGAAUGUCGUCUUCUCGGAUGCAUUGGAUGUGGAGAAAUGCCUGGUGUACAAGAAAGUGGCGGAAGAAUAUGGCCUGAAGCCUUCGUUUGGCGUAGGCACGUUCUUCACGAAUGACUUCGGCCUGCUCUCAGACCCACAAACCAAGUCGAAACCACUCAACAUCGUCAUCAAGCUGUCCAAAGCAGGCGGCAGACCGGCAGUUAAGAUCUCCGACAAUAUUGGGAAGAACACUGGGGACAGUGCGACAGUGCAAGACGUGAAGCGCCGACUAGGCUAUACGGAACGCGAAUGGGCACAGGGUGAUGAAUCACAGAGGUGGUGAAUAGGUGAUACAGGUUUCGACGUGUCGGACCAUCGGCGAGCUCUGGACAGAAACGUCGCAGCCUUGCCAACCCUGACGACUUUGUGGGUCUGAGAUCGAGGCUCUGUCAGGGGUGUGGGGAGCAACCGAGGGUGAAAGUGUCAUGUUAUUGGGGCAGUCAAACGAUAUCUGCUCGAAAAGGCGUUGAACGUUGGAGCCAUCAGUAGUGGCAUUGAAAUGUCGCUGCCUGUGCACGAAGUGCGCGUAGACCCAGAGUAUUGCGCGACGCGCCACGAUGAUUACGACAAUUACACAUGCUAUGCAGAGCACGAAUAGUACGGAGUACGAACCAGAUCGUUGCCAGAAAACUACUUGUACAAGCAUUGCGGAGUAGAUUGUGGCGAGCGAGUCACGGAGCAUGUGCACUGUACAGCUCAGCAUAGAGAGGCGUUGAUGACAAGGUAUUUUUUUAAUACUCCGUGGGCGGAGACUUCUAUAUGGAGCAGUCGCUGGAUCAUUGAAACGCAGAUCAAUGUGACCACGAGCAAUGGAUCAUUCGCCUAAGGCCAGACCCUCGUACUCCCCGGCAUGGAGCGAAGACAGGUAAAGCCAGACAGACGCCUUCGCCCGGCUAAAGGAGAUUACAAAUGGGUGAUUGGCGGUGGAUGGUCUCUUCUGGCUUCGCACCCGGGGAACUAGUCGGUUAGUCAGUUCGUCUGAAUGGAUUAUAAUCUCGGAGAAGAAAUCGCAAAGCAGGAUCGAAAGUAGUAAGCGCUGACUGAGUGCAUGAGCGAAGAGAAUCGACAGAGGUUGUGUAGUAUGCAGACACAGUUCAGGAGGCUGUUGAAGCUUACUAUUGUACUGAACAGUACUGUACGGAAUACAUUCUUUGG